GCUCGGACGCGCGCACAGCCGCCCCCCGCCGCCCGAGCGCAGAGCGCGCGCCGAGAACAUGACUUCUGCCUUCAAGCUGGAUUUCCUCCCGGACAUGAUGGUCGAGGGCCGCCUGCUAGUUCCCGACAGAAUUAACGGCACAACCAACAAGAUGAACGGCGCUUUGGAUCACUCAGACCAACCAGACCCAGAUGCCAUUAAGAUGUUUGUCGGACAGAUCCCCCGGUCCUGGUCGGAAAAGGAGCUGAAAGAACUUUUUGAGCCUUACGGAGCCGUCUACCAGAUCAACGUCCUCCGGGACCGGAGUCAGAACCCUCCCCAGAGUAAAG